AGCCGCCGACACCAGGGGCCGUGAGGCAGCUGUGGACAGAGGCUGGACUGCUGCCCUUCCCUGGGACCCCCGCCGGGACAGCCGAGCUCUCCAGCCCGCAGGAGAGCCCCAGAGGCCCCGGGCUGGGCAGGGAGGGGACAGGGCCAGCGGUGGCCUCCGAGGCCCCGGGGGCCGUGGUCUCUGCAGGCAGGGAGCAGCCAUCCCCUGCUGCAGGGACCCCAGCCCCUGCGGGGGCAGACACAAAUCCUGCCACCACGCACCCCCCGGGCCCUGACCCUGUAGGACAUGUGACAGUAGAAGGUGCCACGACCAUGCAGGGGACACCUUUGUAUUCGCCACCCUCUGUGACAGUGCCAGGUUCUGCCAGGGGACAGUGGAGGUCCAGCAGCACCCUGUUGGGAUGGAGGGCCAUUGGGACACCCCUCAUGCAGAGCCAGAAUGACACUGUCCAGCUGGGUGACAGCAGCCCAGGGACCCGCCCAAGCACCGUGCUGGCCACAGACAGCUCAGGGCCAGGGACAGCAGGGACCUCACCCUUUGCUGGGGGACUGCAGAGGCUGCUGACCCCCACAGGGACACUGCAGGGGACACAUUGGGGGCUGCCAGGGCUGUCAGGAGGACAGGGAUUUGCUUCUCACCCACGGGAGGGUCCCCGCUCUGCCCCUCACCCCUCUGCAUUGUCCCCUGGGCUUGGUGGGAGCCCUUUGGCCAGCACAGCCUGGCCAGCUGUGGGGACAGGCCCAGCCUCGCUGCCUGCCACACGCAGGGGCUCAGGUCUGUCCCUCCCCACCACCAUGGCCAGCACCACAGGGGUGACAUCUCCUGGCCAGGGAGGAGCUCUGGACCUGACCACCGGGGUCUUGGGCCCACCUGACAGAGGGGGUCCCCCUGGGCAUGGUCACAUCCCCCUGAGCCCAUCAGCCAUCCCAGGGCAGUCCCCUGUCCCCCUGGCCCCCGGCAGCCCCGCAGUGGCACAGGGUGGGGUGACACACGCCAGUCCUGGAACCCCCCACAUCCCCCCGUCCCCACAGUCUGCCCCAGCCAGUGGCUCUGCAGUGACCCUGCUGCCGUCCCCAGGGACCAGAUGGGGAGUCCUGGGAUUUGGACCCACUGUGGGCGCCCCUCUGGGGGACCCCUCUCCAGGGCUGCCCCAUUCCAGCUCAAAGGUGGGUCCUGCUGAGAGCCCUCCAUCCCUGGGGGGUGCCCAGGUGGGAGUGGGCAGCCCGGCACCCCCGUCAGCACCUGGCCCUCCCCAGCAGCCAGCUUUAUCCCAGCCUGGGCCUUCCCCAGUACCAACCACAGCUGUUGGUGUCACCAGCACCUCUGUCACUGCCACCAUCACAGCUGCCACCAGCCCAGAAAGGCUCGGGGACAUGGGGAUGGCCACAGCAGAGCCACAUCCUGCUGUACUGCAGAGGGAUGUGCAGGGGGUGACAUGGACAUCCCCAGCUCAUGUGCCUACUGUGAUGCCCGGGCCCCCCCAGCAGCCCACAGAUUCCCAUGGUGAGGGCCCUGGGUCCUCCCCAGCUGCUGCGGACACAGAGCUGGCCCAGCCAUCGAGCAGCCCCAGAGGGAGGACAGACACUGACACCCCCCAGGUGACACUGGCUGGGGUGGGCAGGGCCCCCCAGGUGUUCAUCGUGGAGGAUCAGCCCCCACUCCUGAGAGCACCCGUCCUGCGUGUCCCCUGUGAGCUGGUGCUGGACAUGGGGUUCGUGCCGGCCCUGCAGGACCCCGGCUCCCACGAGCGCCAGGAGCUGCUGCACAGCUUCAACCAGACUGUCACUCCGCUCUUCACACCGGUGCCUGGCUUCCUGCGGCUGGAGGUGACGGGGAUCAGGGAGGGCAGUGUGGUGCUCCGCUAUGAUGCGCUGUUCGCGGCCGAGCAGCUGCCGGUGCCGGGGCUGGACGAGCUCCUGGAGGCCGCGCUGGGCUCUGCCCGUGCCCGGCCGGGGCUGGCCGUGGGCAUGGCCAUGGCCCCUGUCCUGCGCCACGUGGCUCUGGCACGGCCGCUGGACCCCUGUGCUCUGCUCUUCACCUGCCCGUCUGGCUUCGCCUGCAUGUCCAGGGCAGACGGGAACGUGACCUGCACCUCCCUCUGCCACCGUGCCUACUGCAAGAACCACGGCAUCUGCUCCCACGGCCGGGACCAGCAGCCCCGCUGCCAGUGCCCCGUGGGCAGCGAUUUCUGGUUCAUGGGGCUGCGCUGUGACUACCGGGUGACACAGCAGGGCCUGCUGGGCACGGCGGCCGGGGUCCUGCUCAGCAUCGUGCUCCUGGGCGCCGUGCUCGCCGCCGUCGCCGUCCGCCGGUUCAAGGCGCUGCUGCUGGAGGCCAGGGCCGACCAGACCCGCAGCAGCUACCGGCGUUUCUGCCGCCUGGACGAUGUCUCGGCCCAGUACUGGUCCCGCUCGGGGCUGCCCUCGGCCAGCUCGCUGGACAACCCGGCCUUCAGCAACUCGGAGGAGCUGCUGCACCUGCAGGUGCUGGACAGCGGCUGCUGCGGCUGCCGGCGGGACACGGCCGCCCCCGCCGGAGCCAAGCGGGGCCGGGCGCCCUGCGCCCACCCACAAUGCCGGCCCAGUUUCCAUUACGACUGGGACACCAGCUCCAGCAGCAUGAAUGACCCUAUGGUGGACUCGGGCAAAGCCAGCGACAUCUCGGUGUCGAGCUGGCCCACGGAGCCCAUCCAGUGGGCUCCCUUCCCUCUCCAGCAGCUCUCCAGGCAGCGACCGCACAAGGCCCGCUGGCCGCAGCCGUUCUGCGAGGGGCUGGAGCUGGGCACGCUGGAGCGGAGCUGGACGGCCUGAGCCCACGGAAACAGACGGACACGAGGUUCAGCUUUAAAACCAACCACAUUUUAUUUCCACGUAACGAGCUCAGUGAAGGAAUCCACACACUUGGACGAUACAAUCAACGCGGGUGUGAUGUCAGUGAUGUCAGUCCCAGCGGGGCAGAGCCCCUGCCCCGGCUCCUGUCCGCGCCUCGCGAGCUCUGGCUGGGACUGCGGGCUCCAGAGCGGGCAGAUACAGAGAGGUGUCAGGACACACAGUGCUGGCAUCCACCAGGUCGUGACUUUUGGGGGCAGUUGGGGCAGGAAGGCUGGCGGUUCUGGAGGGCGCAUCGGGCUCUGGACGCAGCGGCUCUGCCCCGCGGCCGCCGCAGGACGAGCUCAGCCACGCCGGAGGGAGGGAGACACACGAAAGCGCUGCUGCGUCGCUCAUCAUGGUUCAUGUCAAUGAGGUAUAAACACCAGGAUGUUGUAAGCAUUAAAGUUUAUUUUCCAAAAUGCUCUCCUUAUUCGCACGUGUCCUCUGGAGCAUCGAGCUGGGCACAAAUGGUGGGGGCUGGAAAUGGGGCGCUGUACGGAGGGCGAGGGCAACGGGGUCCCAAAGGUGCUCGGAUAGAAAAGGAAAAGCAAGCUGCAGUUCUACACUUAGACUCUCAUAGUCUCAGAUGGGGAACGUUGAGGGAGAUUUUUGCUAGAAUAAAAUGCAGAUCUCUUCAUAAAAAAAUCAGUUUGCUAAAAGAAAACUCAACCUAUGGGAAUACAGAGCUAUCGGUUCGGUCGAUAUUCUCAUCGUAUAGAAAACAGCCUACAAAUAAAGUCACAAAAAAUAGACAGUUAUAUGCUGAGCAGCCAAAAACAUCAUGAUUUAUUAAUAUCUGGAGAAACUUCAUAAUUCAAACACAACCAAACUGUACAUUUUACAAUCACAUUCUAUUUGUAAACAGUUAAAAGCCACUGACUUCUUUUGCAUCUUCGGACACAAACAUUAGAAUCAAGGCAAUGAAAUGAUGGCGAUUUCUGCACUGUUAAAAUUUUUACCCUUGCCUAGUCUGGAAUUCACGGACUAAACAAGCAUUCAAUAAUACCUUUUGUGGCAAGAGGAUGUAACUCGUUCACUUUUGGGAGAACUUUGUCAACAUGGAAACUCGAUACACACACGAUCUGUAAGCCCAGCCCGUGGUUACAGGAUGCAUAGUUACUCAGGUCGGCUUGGGGACACGGCCCCACGGUAACACAGUCACAGAGCAGGAACAGCCACUCGAUGGGAUUACAAAAACUCGGAUAACUACGGAUUAUUAGCAAACCACCACCACUCACUAAGAAAAGACAGCGUCAAAAGCAGAAUGUCCAACUCCAGCUUGAAGCGUUUUUUUUUUUGGCAGAGAAAAGUCUUACAGAGCAAUAAGUAUUAUCAGUGCUAAAAGUUGAGUUUUUUUUUUUUUUUUUUUCCUAUAAGAAACUACAAGGAGUUUUUACUGGGGAACUGGUUUUCCUGAGAGCCAUGCUCUUUGAUUUAGGAUACAGGAAUAGAAAACAAAAGGACAUGGCCAAACACUGUUCGUUAUUCCCAGAGAUAGAAAGCAUCUUUUUCAUUCUCAAUUUUUUUUUUUGUCUUUUUAAAAAUUUUUAAAAUGAUGGAAGAGUAAACAUUUUUCUCAAAAAACAAAAAAAAUAUUCUGUAAACAAGAAGGUGCCAACACAGGCACCCCCAAAACAAAAUUGAAAGCCUAUUGAAAGUGCAGGACCCCCCCUGGCUUGCAGGCUGGGUUGCAAGUCACAGCUGUGGCCACAGUUUUUUAAACUGCAGAGCUAAAUUCUUUAGUUUUAUACAUGAAAAAACUGGUGCAAUACUUUCAUUCAUAAUCCUAAGUCAGUAUCCUAACUCGAUCUUGGAACGCCACGACACCACGAGCAGGUAGGCAAACAUCAAGGCAUAGUAGAGAGCGCACACUGUUUGUAGGAACAUCCUUGAGUAAACACUUACACGUGAGCUGCUGCUGCCCGCCACGCCGAUUGCACGGGGAGCAGCAGUCAGUGCAACGUCAGAAAAGCUCAUACUCCAACAUCAUCAGCAAAAUGCAAAUAAAAAGGAAAAAAAAAAAAAAAAAAAAAA